UCGAAGAGUUAAAUAUUAGGGGUGGGGUCUGGCUGUUGAUUGACUUGCCGUCUCUGGUAACCCAACAAUAGAAGGGGCGUGGUUCCGAGCACGGUGGGUGGGGGUAUGUAAUGAGGGGCGCGGCUUACCUGUUCUUCAAUGUAGAUUUCUUGACGUGUGGGCGGGGUUUAGGGGGCUCAGCAAUGACACAGUGUCAGGUGCAGGAGGCGGGGGCUCUCCGGUUUGAUACAGACAGACAGGGACGCGCCGCUGCUGUGAAAGUGAUAGUAAGAGACAGAGAGAAACCGGAUUUAAUCCACUUGAGAACAAUAUACGAGCCCCGUCUGCCCGGAGACGUGAACAACAACAGCCAGCCAUGUCAGGCAGCGAAGUGCGACUGCUCCGCCGGGACCCUGCCCAGGGCAGCAGCAGCGCAAGCCCGGGCUCGGGGGCUCGGAUGCCGGCCUGGAAGCGAGAGAUCCUGGAGCGGAGGAAAGCCAAGAGUGGCGGAGCAGCAGCAGCCACCGAGCCUGGUUCUGGUACCGCAGCGACAUCAAGCGCAGCAUCCGCCGGCUCCGGCUCCUUUACCGUCAACGGGGAAAUAUCAUCCGCUCACGGCGUUUCUUUUAUUCAUCAGCAGCAGCACGGUGCCAAGCGUAUCGGUAGCGGAGGUGGAGAGAGCAACGUGCCCGCGGCGGCGGUGCUGACAGCCGGGUCACACAAAGACACUGCACAGCUCCCGCACUCGGAGAGGGGCAGCGAUGCGUUAUUAUUACCAUCCGCCUGGAACUCCCACUCCUCGCUCCUCGAGGAUGCAACACCCCCCCAGCAGCACGGAGACGGGGGUGAGAGGCUGGUCCUGCAGGAGAGCCUGGGGCCCCUUCAGGAAAACCCUUUCAUCAUCCUGGAGAAGGAGAGGAGGAGGAGGCAUCAGGACAGGGGAGCGGGCUCCCGGCCCAUGCAGCACAUCCUGGAGAUGUGUGCCAGCGUUCCCGGGAUCAAAACCAUCUGGGCAGAAAACAUCCUCAUCAUCGAGUCUGACCCGGACUACUUCCACGAGGGGGGGGGCUUCGGCAGCAGUACGCUGGGCCCCCACAGCAACGGAGGAACCUUGGGCUCCAUGAGCGAGCUGCUGGACAGGAGAGGCAGCGCGCUGACGGAGAUCCGGGCGAGGGAGGUGCUGGUCUACGACUCGGCACUCAGCCGGAGCGAGGAGAACCUGAGCACGCUGGGGCCCCUGGAACCCGGGCUCAGCCAGGGUAGGGUGAGCCGCAUGCUGCAGAAGUUCGAUCGCAACUACUACGGGAGGCUGCAUCAGAAGUCUCGCAGCACUGAAGACCUGCUCCUGGAAUCGGAGCCACCAGCCCAGCCACGCCUGCCUCCCAGACCCAAGCCAGCCCCCCUGCCAAAGAAGCCGAGCCAAGCCUCUUCCUCCCCCAGAGAAGAGAGACCCCAGACUGUCUUCCAGCGCCCCCCCGACAGUGAACAUUCCAGACUGCCUCAGAGUCUAGGGGUGGCGCCCCCCAGCAGGGACUCCCCCGUGUCCCCCCUUUCCCCCACUUCUCCCCCUGGAGUGGAGGGCAGCCAUCUGUCUGUGUCUUCCUACAGGAAACACUUUGAAACGGGGGGAGCGACCCAGACUAUAGUGGUGAACCCCAGAGAGAGGGGGGACAGGAGGCAGCCCCUGACCAAUGGGCUGCACUCGCCCCAACACGGGCUGGGUGCCCCGAAAGAGGCCCCGGCUGGUUCACGCUACGGCCACGCCACAGUGCCAUCAGCCAGCGCUUCCAGCAGUAGAGAGUCUGGGAAUGUGGGCUCAGCCAGGAAGGAGGAAAAGCCCAGUGCCACGCCCCUGCUCUCCCCUCAGCACAAACCCCAGCCCCCCUUCUCCAGCUCCAGUGCCAGCACCACCCCCAACCAGCAGAGGGCAGUGUCCCACUCCACCAGCAGCAACGACUCCUUCGAGAUCUGCCAGGCGCCCAAGCCGGACAUGUCCUGCAUCCCGGAGGGGGACGUCCAGGCCAGAGCCCUGGCCAACAUCCGGCUGCAGUCCAAGAACUCGUUCACCAUCAUUCCCAAACGCCACGCCCUCGCUGCGGCCGCUGCUAGGGCUGACAGCAGAGCCAAGGUGACGGCUGGAGCAGCAGCCAAAACCCACACUGUGCCAGCCGGCAGCCCGGCCCAGGAGAGGAGAACCCACACUGUGCCAGCCGGCAGCCCGGCCCAGGAGAGGAAAACCCACGCUGUGCCAGCCGGCAGCCCGGCCCAGGAGAGGAAAACCCACGCUGUGCCAGCCGGCAGCCCGGCCCAGGAGAGGAAAACCCAAACUGUGCCAGCCGGCAGCCCAGCCCAGGAGAGGAGAACCCACACUGUGCCAGCUGGCAGCCCGGCCGGGGAGAGGUCUUUGGAAGCAGGAAGCAGUUUGCUUCCAGAGGGGGGCGAGGUGGAAGAGCCUCAGUCGGCAACGCCCUCCAAACAUGAGCGGCAUCCGUCUGUGGAGUCUCUCCUCUUGGAGGCACGAGAGAGGGGGAGGCCCCAAGAGAUACCCGCCUGGCCAGCUGAGCCCCCUCCGGUCAGCCCCACCCCCAGUGCUUCCUCCCAGCCGGCUCCCACAGAGCCGCAGUCUCCAGUGGAACGAACAGCAGAGCCAGCUCCUCCCUCCCAGAGAGUAGCAGUGGUACCUCCCAUCACCGUCCCCACGGCAACGAGCCCCGUAGCUGAGGAGGAGCUGCUGCCGGUCACCAACAUCGACGACAUCGUGGAGGGGCCGGAGGAGCCCGUGCCUGUCACUGAGAUUCACGCUCCAGCUCCCCAGCCCGCCCCACACCCCAGCAACGGAUACCUGCAGCGCAGGACCGGCAACACCUUCACUGUGGUGCCCAAGCGCAAGCCGGCCGCCCAAGAGCAGAGCAGCGCCAGCACUGCCCCCGGCCCCCAGGCCCCCCCAGGGCCACAGGGAGGGAAGGAGGCCCCCUUCGCCAGCCUGGGAGCCAUGCUGAAGAAGCGCUACCCAGCGGUGGAGGAGAUCCAGGUGAUCGGAGGGUACCAGGUGCUGGACCGGUCCUGCCUCUCCAAGACGGGCUCCUCACGCAAGAAGUGUGCUGCCAGGAUGAAGAUCUCGUUCAGCGAGGCGAGUAUGCACACCACCUUCGAGUACCCCUCGGAGAGCUCCAUGAUGGAGAGUGACCCCGAGAGUGACGAGGAGGAGGAGCAGGAGGAGGAGGUCCAGCUCUUCAUCCCCAGAGCCAGCUCCCUCGUCUCGCCCAGUCCGCAGAGCGCAGCAGGCCUGUCCAGCUACACUCCCAAGCACUCUGUGGACUUCAACCAGUGGCAGGACCACAAGCACGAGGACAACGUUUCCUCGGGGGACUCCUCACCGGGACACGCUGACCUCUCUAUGGAUGAAAUGAUGCUGACCCCUGCAGCAGACAGCAGCUCCCUGUCGGAUUUCAGCAGCGAACCAGCCCUCUAUUUUUAACCAGCGCAGACUGAGAGAACCACGCAGCCUCUCUUCUGACCCAGCAGAGCCUGGCUCCUCCCCAGCAGGGCUGAGCUUUGCAGAGCCGGACCGCUUGAGGGGAGAAGCCGGUUUCCAGAGGCAGCGCGGAGCUCAGUGUAGAGGGAGCUUCUGUUGGGCUGGUUCUUGUGGCUGAAAGUGCUGGAGCUGAGAUUUAUGAAUGAAGUGUUACGAUGGAUCAAAGCCCAGCUCCAGGCAACGCCAGCGUGCCACGAUAAAAUAAAAAAAAACAGCUGCCAGAUCAUCAGUAAUAAUAAUGAAAGAGAUCAAAGUGUUGACUCCUCUGACAGGCAGGCUGUCCGCACAGCUCUGGGUGUCUUAACUGGGUUCACAGCAGCUCUUGUCGUUCUCCAAGCUGUUCUGUAGGGGGCGUUGCUAUCCCAAGCCAGACAUGAUGGGAACGGCUGUGUUCGCUCGCUCUCGGCUCGUUUCAUUUCACCUGAAACCUGCCCCUUUUCAUCGUGUCAGAGAGUGUGAAGGAAGCUCUGGAGGCCGUGUCUUGCGCUGCUCACCUGUCUGGUUAACCUCUCUGGGUUUUCUGUCCUGCGCUGCUCGCCUGUCUGGUUCACCUCUCUGGGUUUUCUGUCCUGCACUGCUCACCUGUCUGGUUAACCUCUCUGGGUUUUCUGUCCUGCGCUGCUCACCUGUCUGGCUCACCUCUCUGGGUUUUCUGUCCUGCGCUGCUCGCCUGUCUGGUUCACCUCUCUGGGUUUUCUGUCCUGCGCUGCUCACCUGUCUGGUUCACCUCUCUGGGUUUUCUGUCCUGCGCUGCUCACCUGUCUGGCUCACCUCUCUGGGUUUUCUGUCCUGCGCUGCUCACCUGUCUGGUUCACCUCUCUGGGUUUUCUGUCCUGCGCUGCUCACCUGUCUGGUUCACCUCUCUGGGUUUUCUGUCCUGCGCUGCUCACCUGUCUGGUUCACCUCUCUGGGUUUUCUGUCCUGCGCUGCUCACCUGUCUGGUUCACCUCUCUGGGUUUUCUGUCCUGCGCUGCUCACCUGUCUGGUUCACCUCUCUGGGUUUUCUGUCCUGCGCUGCUCACCUGUCUGGUUCACCUCUCUGGGUUUUCUGUCCUGCGCUGCUCACCUGUCUGGUUCACCUCUCUGGGUUUUCUGUCCUGUGUAAUUGAUCAGUGCUGUGCGAAUGCAGACAGAUUAAUAAAUGUUAAAAAGUAAAGAAAGUGCCAGUCUGAAAAACCCCAAA